AGUCUUUCUCAGAAGAUGCAGCCACUCCUGCUCCUGGUGGCCUUUCUCCUGAUCCCCAGGGCAAAGGCAGGGGAGAUCAUCGGGGGCCGUGAAGCCAAGCCCCACUCCCGCCCCUACAUGGCCUAUCUUCAGUACUGGAAUAUGGAUGUCCAGUUUAUUUGCGGUGGGUUCCUGGUUAGACAGGACUUCGUGGUGACAGCCACUCACUGCCACGGAAGCUCAAUGAACGUCACCCUGGGGGCCCACAACAUCAAACAGCAGGAGAGGACCCAGCAGGUCAUCGGGGUGAGAAGAGCCAUCUGCCACCCAGACUAUAAUCCUGAAAACUACUCCAAUGACAUCAUGUUAUUAAAGCUGGAGAGAAAGGCCAAGCAGACAUCAGCUGUGAAGCCCCUUAGGCUGCCCAGGGCCAAGGCCCGGGUGAAGCCAGGACAGGUGUGCAGCGUGGCCGGCUGGGGGAGAGACUCCACGGGCACCUGCGCUGACACGCUGCAGGAGGUAAAGCUGACCGUGCAGGAGGACCGAAGGUGUGAGGCCUACUUACGCAAAUAUAACCACGCCAACCAGCUGUGUGUGGGGGACCCAAACACAAAGAAAGCUUCCUUUCAGGGGGACUCCGGAGGCCCUCUCGUGUGUGACAAUGUGGCCCAGGGCAUUGUCUCUUAUGGAAAAAAUGAUGGAUCAACUCCACAGGCCUUCACCAAAGUCUCAAGUUUCCUGCCCUGGAUAAAGAAAACCAUGAAAAGCCUCUGA